AGCGGCUUUCUUCACCCCCCCUGUUCGCCAUUUCUGAUCCAAGCGCCACCCUGUUUUAGUUACUCUCCCCAUAAUCAACCGAAGAUCUCCUCCCAAAUCCCCAACAAUGGAAGCUUUAUCGAUUCCCUACGAUGAGAUUCGUUCUCUCCAAAUCUCUCUCCGACAAGACUCCAAUUUUUCCUUCUACAACCCCGAAGACUACACCGACUCAGCUGCCGAUUUGCCAUCCGCCGGAGACUCGAUCUCCGAGCUCGACCCUUCGCCGCCCGAACUUCGUUGCAAGCAUUGCAAGGGGAGACUUCUCAGAGGUGAGAACUCGAUAAUUUGCGUUUUCUGCGGUAGAGAACAGGUUAACAACGAUGCUGCCCCUCAACCAAUCAAGUUCAUGGCCACUUCUGCCUCUAAGUGGCUUCUUCAGUCCCUUGGCUUAGAUGGAUCGGAACUUUCAGCCCAAUCCAUCGAAAUUCAACAACAACGAAACAGACGAUCAGAUGCAUUAGAAACCGAGAUUCCAUUAACCGAGCUAUUGAAUCUGGAAAUACACUGGCCUUUGGAAUCCGAGAGAAAGGCAACGGGAAAAGCAGCAUUGGAGAAGACGCAAAGUCAGAAAUUGAGAACUCUUGAUUUCGAGGGACUUGAUCUCAAAAGUUUUGCCCCCGAGCCUAAGGUAGCAGAGUCAGUUUCUGGAUUCCCUAAAGACCUCGACUUUUUCGGAGAGGCUGAGGUUGUAGAAUCAGUUUCUGCAUCGAUUGAAGGGCUAUCUGUGUCGGGGAGAGACGAUGACGAGCUGGAUUUUUUCCCUGAGCCGAGGUUAGAACCGGCUUCUACUGCUUCAGAAGAUCAGUUUAUGUCGAGCAGACCAUUCCCUAGUGUUGAGAAUUCUUCUCAAGGUCCUAUUGAUCUAAGCUUGUUUGAGAGUGCUGAGCCAUCUCGUAUUGACAACAAAGUUGAAGAUGGUGGAGGUGAUGAAUUAUUUGCUAGCUGGGAAACUGAGUUUCAGUCUGCUGAUGAUUCUACAACUCAGGAGUCGAAAUCGUUCGAUCCUUUUGGAGGUUCUUCAUCGGCCGAUAUAUCUGCUCACUUAGAUUCGGUAUUUGGGGGUGGAAUUGAAAUGUCUGAGACACCAGCAAAUGAAAGUUCAACUCCUUCAGCAUCUAAAAUAAAUGAUGAUUGGUUUCCAGACGAUUUGUGGAGUAAUUCCAACUCAGGAGCUGCCAGGCAAACUGAAAACCAGUCGAAUGUCCCCAUUAAGGAUGGGGACAUAAUGGAUAAAACAGAUGGUUUUCCUUCGUUCGAUUUGGAUUUCAUCAAAGCUGACCAAUUACCAAAAGCCACCACUAACAACACAAAGACAGUUGAUGAGGGAGAUGAUUACUUUGAUGCCUGGAAUGGUUUCACAAGCUCAUCUGGUGUCCAACCAAUAACUGGCAGCUCUUCAAAACAAGACCUUACUCUCACUCUGACUUCGGAUAUAGACUUGUUUGGUGAAUGUGAGAAAUCACAGAAUGUUGAUUUCGGUGGCUUUCCACAAGCUGAACUGUUCUCAGGAAUUUCCAAAAAUGAAAAGGAUUCCAAGGAGGUGGAUCUUAUGUGGCCUGAAAGUGCAGUAUCAGAGAGGAUCGACAUUGGAAGUGCAAGAAAUGGGGAUAGCACUGAAGCAGUCAAAGAAGUCGUAACAGCUGGAGCAGAUGUUGUUUCUAGUGAAAACCCGAAAUCCAAAUCUGAAGUGGUGGAGAAAUAUAUGUCACAGAUGCAUGAUCUCUCAUUUAUGCUGGAUAAUGAUCUUUCUGUACCACAAAAGGAAUUAAGUUCCUCUUAAUGUUAUCUCUGGUUCUCUGCAUUCUAGCUCUAGUGUGUCAUAAUAUAUUCUUGAUUCCAUU